AUGUCUAACCGAUGGUGGACCGGCCAGGUCAACGUGGCCGGCGUAGAAACAUCAUCUCAGGCCAUGAAGAAGCCAGAUCUGGGUAUCUCAAUGAACGAUGCCACCACAGGAAGUGAAGAAGAUGAAAGAGACAACAACAGCGAUGAUCCAAGAGAAGGUGCAAUCGAUCCUUCUAACCGUCGGCCACGAGGCCGACCUCCUGGGUCCAAAAACAAACCAAAACCACCGAUUUUCGUUACCAGAGAUAGCCCCAACGCCCUCCGCAGCCACGUCAUGGAGGUAGCGAGUGGUACCGAUAUCGCAGAAAGUAUAGCUCAAUUUAGCCGAAAACGACAACGCGGUGUGUGCGUGAUGAGUGCUAGUGGCACAGUCAUGAACGUAACCCUAAGACAACCUUCGGCACCUGGCUCAGUCAUGGCUCUACAAGGCCGGUUCGAGAUUUUAUCCCUAACCGGCGCCUUCUUACCGGGUCCUGCACCACCUGGAUCCACCGGGCUCACUAUAUACUUAUCUGGAGGCCAGGGCCAGGUUGUGGGUGGUAGCGUGGUGGGAUCAUUGGUAGCAUCAGGACCAGUGAUGGUCAUAGCCGCCACGUUCUCCAACGCUACCUAUGAAAGACUCCCGGUUGAGGAAGAGGAGGAAACGGAUAGCGUGACACCUGGGCUAGGUGGCGGUGGAUCACCACCGCAACUCGGAAUGGGUGAUCAGAAUCCGAUGGCAGGCUUUUGCUUGGGCUCACGGCCGGCCACCAUACUAGUGAAAGUAAGGACUCGUGUCAGGCAACCAUUACCGGUCGCCAGUGGAGCUCCAUUAUUACCGACGACCACAUUCAUUUUCGGCUACAGAAGGAUCGAUUUAAGAAAAUCUAGGUUUGCCAGAUCAGUUGGUGGAAAUUUGGAAUUCUUACCGGAAAAUUUCGAAAUUACACUAGCACAGGUUCUUUUUCAUGACUUUUGAAAUUAUAUAUGCGAUUUGUAUGUUUUUGCGUUUUAUUUGUAUGGUUAUUAUUUGGAAUUUUGGAAAUCUUACUAGAAUUGUUGCCGAAAUUGUUUGUGUGUUAUUUGUAUCUGUAUUAUUUAUGUAUGUGUAUGUGUAUGUGUAU